GUUAAUUUGUAAACGAUACCAGUAGUGACAGAGACGGAAACCAUGAGGAUAAAAUUGUAAUACAAUGGAUACUGGUAUUGAUAGGACCGUUUCUCAUAGGACCCAUUACGCUCGCCUUGGUCACGCGGCACAUAAUCUUUUACCUAUGUUCUUACAACAGGUUCUUCUCAAAUUUGAAAAUCCCGAGCAAGUUUGUAUCAACUGCAGUAAAAACAAAUCUUUAAGUUGUCUACUUAAAACAAGGGAAUGGACAAGACUAAGUAAUGCUGUGCAAAAUGGAUACGCUGGCUUUGAUAUUCCUCUUAUAUAUUCUAUUUUACGGCAUUUGCAUGCACCUACUACUCGACCAACCAGGGGAUGGGACAAUCCUAGUGGACCAUUGGAAAACGAAAUUGAAAUCGGGGAUGAUCUUGAAAGAUGUCGCAGAUUGCGUCAUGAAAUAAUAAACAGAGGAAACACCUGUGUUUCAGAUCAAGAAUUUAACAAUUAUUAUAAUGAAUUAAAGUCCAUUGCGUGUAGAUUUGAAAGGGUUUGCCAAAAAAAUGAAAAUGAAUUUGUCUUCGAGUUGGAGCGUUUACGAACAUGCUGUAUGGACCAGGCUAUGGAGAAUGAGUACUUAAAGAAUCUUGAGGAUUUGCAUCGAAGAGAGAAAGAAAAAAAAGAACGUAUAUCACAACUUGAAGAUCAACUGAAAGGUUUACAGAUGCAAGAUGUAUUAGAAACACCAAAAAGAAGUAGCAUGCAAAUUGGACAUGACAAAAGGUCCUUUCAAUUAAGUACGACUUCAUCCAAUGAGAAUAAAUGUACAAGCAAAUUAAAACAAGAAAAGACAGAUUAUCCGAUAGAUGAUUUUCAUUCUGAGACCAUGCCUACUAUUAACAGGAGUGAUGAUUGUUAUAAGACUAAUUAUGCUCGUCUCGGUCACGCUGUACAUCAUCUUUUACCUACAUUCUUGCAAGAGGUUCUGUUACAUUUUGAAAAAACCCAUACAAUUUAUAGGAAUUGCAAUAGAAACAAAUCUUUAAGUCACCGACUCAAACCUGGAGAAUGGGCAAGACUUAGAAAGGUUGAACAAAAUGGAUACGAUGACUUUGAUAUUCCUCUUAUAUAUACUAUUCUACGAAAUCUGCAUGAGACUGCUGCUCGACCAACCAAGGGAUGGGAACAUCCAAACGAGCCAUUGAUUAAUGAAAUCGAAAUUGGUGAUGAUAUUGAGAGAUGUCGUAGAAAUAGAGAUGAAAUUAUACACAGAGGAAACACCAAAGUAACCGAUCGGGAAUUAAACCAAUAUUUCGAUGUCUUCAAGACCAUUGCAGAAAGAUUUGAGAAAGUGUGUAAUAAACGUAACAAUGAAUUUGUUUCCACAGUUGAACAUUUACAAGCAUGCUGUAUGGAUGAGGCCACUGAACAAAAAUACUUCGAGGAACUUCAGGAUUUGCAUCAAAGAGACAAAGAAAAUGAAGAAAGAAUAUCACAACUCGAAGAUCAACUAAUUGGCAAGGACAUUCAACUCCCUUGGUUGGUUAAUGCUGGAGAUUUCCAGAGUAUGCUGUCAAAUGGCGAAUAUCUGACAUACGAGAACCGUCUGAGUCUGGGUGGCCCUUGUCAAGCAGGGAAAAGUACUCUGGCAAGCUUGCUUAUAGGCAACGAAAUUCCGCUAAAUUGGAACUCUACAGACGGAGUGGUCAUAUAUUUUGGCAGAAAUGGUAUUGAUAUUAAAAAGAAGAAAAUGGUACCGCUUAGAGAGGGCCAACGAGGACAUGAGGUUUUUGCAAAAAUUAUUCGAGGAAAGCCAGGCGUUUGCAAAGGGUCUCAAAUGGAAGCUAGACAGCAAACAAAAUCAAGUCCUGGUAGCAGCAGUCAAGCAGUUGAAACAGAUGUUAUAACGUCUCAAUCGACAAACACAGACAUGCAAGAAGGACAAAUGGCUACUACAAAUUCAACAGACCACACUGUCUUUCAACAUUUUUUAUCACAGACAGAAUCUGUACUGAAAGAUAAAAGUAUACAUAUGUCACACAAAUGUAUAUCUUUGGCAACUAAUGAGAUACAAACAUUAGAAUGUGAGAGGCUGCAAAUUCAAUCCGACAUUUUAAAAGAAGUCAGAAAUGGGCAAUACAGAAUUGAAAUAGCACCUUCAGAUCUGAUCGAUUUUGGUGGGCAGAAAUCAUAUGAUAUGACUCAUCAGCUUUUCAUACAACACAGUGGAACAUUUUUAUUGAUGUUCGAUGGUCGAUUUGGUUUACAUACUCAGCUUGGAGAAUAUCCCGAGGGGGUUGUUGCUGCAUCCGUGCUUAAACACUGGGUUGAUUCAAUUUUGACAUAUACUGAAGACACCGAAGACUGUAUGCCAAUGAUUAUGUUUGCUGCAACACACAGGGACCUGUGCAAGGAUGAUACCGUAAAGAUGAAAGAAAACUUCACCAGAGAUGUUUCACAGAUGUUUUCCACACAUGAGAACAGAAAUCACAUAUUUCUGGAUACGGUUUAUUUCAUAACAGGAAUAGAUGAAGGUGACACCGAAAUUCAAAGCAUGAAAGAACAAGUCGUCAUUUUUGCAAUGAAACAAUCGUCUUGGGGGCAGCGUCGACCAAUGCAAUGGGUUCCUUUAGAGUUACAAUUAUCCAACAUGAGAAUGAAAAAUAUAAACAUCGUAACAAGGGAAGACCUACGAAAUGUAAACAUGCUUAAUGACGACCUGGCUUUAAAUGAAUCUCAGUUAGAAGACUUUCUUUUAGUGCAGCACUCCCUUGGUAAAUUGAUGUACUACAACCUCCCUGGAUUAGACAAGCACAUCAUCAUUCAUCCUCCGGCAUUGGUAAACAUAUUGAGGUCAUUCGUAACAGAUGAAAGGUUCUUUCCAGCAGACCAAUGUCUGACAUCAAUUCUGCAAACAAUGACGAUGACAGGAAAAAUCUACAAAAAAGGCCUUCUUAAGCUUUGGCAACAAGAAACAGUUCAUCGAUAUAUGCCUGGUGAUACCAUUAAAGAAUUUGUUAUACAGCUCCUAAUACAUUUGGAUAUUCUGAUAAUCCCAAAAGAUGCUAAACUAAAUUCUUCUAACCCUCACGUGUACAUUGUACCAUGCACAAUCAAGGCAAUUAGACCAUCAAAUUUUAAUUUGGUUGGCAGCUUGGAAGAAAGAACGAUCUGUUUAAGAUAUACCUUAGCCCGUCAUUCUAUUCCCACUGCACUGGCUUACAAAAUAAUCGGCACAGCAAUUAACGCUUGGCCGUUAAAAUACGAAUUUCAAAAACCAUGUCUGUAUCACAAAGCUUCAGUGUUGAACGUGAGUGAGGACAAUGAACUCCGAAUAUGGAUAGAAGACAAUCGAGUUAUGGUAUAUAUGGUCAACCAGAACUCAUUACUUUCUAUAUCACCAGAUAUUGCUGCCAGCGUACAAGAAUGUCUAACAAGGAACAUUGAGUCGUCCCUCUUAUUCCAUUGUCAAAGUUUUGGUAGGAAAAUAACACCAACAAAGGUAGUAGACAUAUACACCAUGGAAGUAGGCAUUCCAUGCGGAAGUGAUAUUUGCUUCAUACCUUCCGAAGAUGCCCUGAAAAUUGACAGCUGGAAAUGUGGAAAGGGGAGAAAACAUGACACAAGAUAUCUUCGAUACUGGGUUUUUGACAAAACCCAAAAGAUGUGUGUGCAUGGAUGUGAAGGACUGACAAACAAUGAAUUGGAGAUAGAACCAAGUGAUAAGCACCUUGUUAGAUUAGGAGGUCAAAUUGGAAUAAAGUUAUUUGAAGAAUUUUUCAUUAAUUUGGGAAUGAAUAAGAAAGAAUGGGAGAGCACUGAGUACACGUAUGCUAGUCACAAUUCUGAUGGCAUUAUGUCGAUGGCACUGAAACAAUGGAGGAAGACUAAGUUGUCAAAACUUGAAAAACCUACCUUGAACGAUCUCACUGAUGCCUUGAAUGCAGUCAAUCUGGAUAGUCAUCUUAUAUGUCAGGUUUUCAGAGAAAACACGACCUUGUUCGAAAUUGCAGACUUCAAUCUCCAAGCCAUUCCAACUGACCAACAUUUGAAGGAAUUGUCAAACCAAAUAGGAAACUGUCCAUUGCAGUUGGGAAUAGAACUUGGAUUAAGCUUCACUGAAGUUGAGCAAAGUUUGUUUAGUUUCCCGAAAGAUCUGCCUGGUUUGGUGGAAGAUAUUGUGAUAAAAUGGAAGAGAAAGUCAAAGGUCAAAACCAUCCAUAGUUUGAUGCUUGCACUUGAACGAGUAAAUGCAGGUGGAAUCAGAUAUUUACUUGACUUGUCAAAAAAUCUCUCAGAUGCUAAUAUUACAUAAAACAAUUAAAACUUUUCAAUGGGCGUGUACUUGUGUUACUAUUUAACACCUUUGAAAAUCUGUUUUAGUUUUUAAAGUUUAUUUCGGUGUUUAAUGUAGUAUGCUUAAAUUGUGUCUUUGUCUCUAGCAAGUGCUCGCAAAAACUGGUAUUAUGCGCGAUUUGUAUAGUAAAUUAUUACUUAUACUUUGUCUGAGAAAUAAGCUUUCAUGAUACAGCUUAAUAACACAACAAAUAGUACGCUUGUCACGAUGUACAUUUUUGUUUAUCUCUCAAAUAUUUGCAUAAUUACAAUAUAUUAGUCUACAAUUAUAGAUCAAAACAAAAAAAUUAUAUAUUUGUUUAAUUUUCCCAUUUCUAUAUAUGAAAUUGAACAAUUAACAAAUUAAAAGACUGACUAAAUUUUGGAUUACGUUGAUUAUAUUUAGAAUAUAGCAAUCUAAAUGAUUUUCCUUAAGUUUGUAUGUAUAUUUAUAAAAUUACAGAUGGUGUAUAGGUUAAAUUUUGAAAAUAAUAAAAGUUGUAAAACC